UUGGCGGUGGGGGCGUCAGAGGCGGUAUCAGGGGAGGUGGUGGCUCUAGAGAUGGCAGUGAGCGAGAGGAGGGGGCUCGCCCGCCGGAGCCCCCCGGAGUGGGGGCAGCUGCUACUUCUGCUGCUGCUCUUGGGUGGCUGCUCUGGGCGUAUCCACCGACUGGCGCUGACGGGGGAGAAGCGAGCAGACAUCCAGCUGAAUAGCUUCGGCUUCUACACCAAUGGCUCCCUGGAGGUGGACCUGAGCCUCCUGCGUCUGGGCCUCCAGGAGACAGAAGAGAAGGCCCCGCUGGUGGGGUUCAGUCUGACUCGGGUUCGAUCUGGCAGUGUUCGAUCCUACUCAACCCGGGACCCCCACGACUGUCCUCUCUGGAAAAACAGUAGCAACCUCCUGGUUCUCUUCCUCAUCAACACCAAGGAUCUGCGGGUCCAGGUGAGGAAGUAUGGAGAGCAGAAGAAGCUGUUCAUCUCUCCUGGGCUCCUCCCCGAAGCACCUUCUGAACCAGGGCCCUCAAAUCCAGUGCACACAGUCACCCCUAAUGUGGACAGCGGGGCCACCACUACGCUUGACAAGGCCAAGUCGAAACACACAGUGUCCCAGGGAGAUCAGCAGGGCCCCAGUGGGAAGGACAAGGAACUGAUCCUGGGUCUCGGGCAUCUCAACAACUCCUACAACUUCAGCUUCCAUGUCGUGAUCGGCUCUCAGGCGGAGGAAGGCCAGUACAACCUCAAUUUCCACAACUGUUACAACUCCAGGCCGGGCCAGGAGCAGCCGUUUGACAUCACGGUCAUGAUCCGGGAGAAGAACCCUGAGGGCUUCCUGUCAGCGGCAGAAAUUCCCCUUUUCAAGCUGUAUAUGGUCAUGUCUGCCUGCUUCCUGGCUGCUGGCAUCUUCUGGGUGUCCCUUCUCUGCAGGAACACGUACAACGUCUUCAAGAUCCAUUGGCUGAUGGCAGCCCUGGCUUUCACCAAGAGCAUCUCCCUCCUUUUCCACAGUAUCAACUAUUACUUCAUCAACAGCCAGGGUCACCCCCUCGAAGGCCUCGCUGUCAUGCACUACAUCACACACCUGCUGAAGGGCGCUCUCCUCUUCAUCACCAUCGCCUUGAUCGGCUCUGGCUGGGCCUUUGUCAAGUACGUCCUGUCAGACAAGGAAAAGAAAAUCUUUGGGAUCGUGAUUCCCCUGCAGGUCCUGGCCAACGUGGCCUACAUCGUCAUUGAGUCCCGUGAGGAGGGCGCCAGCGACUACAGGCUCUGGAAGGAGACCCUCUUCCUGGUGGACCUCAUCUGCUGUGGCGCCAUUCUCUUCCCUGUGGUCUGGUCUAUCCGGCAUCUCCAGGAUGCAUCGGGCACUGAUGGAAAGGCGGCAGUGAACCUGGCCAAGCUGAAGCUGUUUCGGCAUUACUAUGUCAUGCCAGCCAUCACUCAGCCCCAACGCCCUGCCCCCCGUCUCUGUCCCGGCAGAUCAUCUGUUACGUCUAUUUCACGAGGAUCAUCGCCAUCCUGCUGCGGGUGGCCGUGCCCUUCCAGUGGCAGUGGCUGUACCAGCUCUUGGUGGAAGGCUCCACUCUGGCCUUCUUCGUGCUCACUGGCUACAAGUUCCAGCCUGCAGGCAACAACCCAUACCUGCAGCUGCCCCAGGAGGACGAGGAGGACGUGCAAAUGGAGCAACUAAUGACCAAUUCUGGGUUCCGGGAAGGCCUGUCCAAAGUCAACAAAACAGCCAGCGGGCGGGAGCUAUUGUGAUCAUCCCGGCAUCUGGGACCAGUCCUCCGUCCCCCGCCUGCUCCCACCCGCUCCACACACACAUUCCUCACUCCUGCGGGCUCCCAAAGCGCCAGGAGCAGGAGGAGGAGGGCGCCCGGGGCGCAUGCUGCGCCUAGCUCCCUGAGCCCUGAGUCCCCAGAGCCCAUUCAGAAGAGAGCCCCCCCUCUUCCCCCAAGUAUUGGGCAAUCCUGUCCCCGCCCUGGAGCCAUCUGCCGCUUGCAGUUGCACAAUAAUGACCGAUCUGUUUUGCUA